AUGAGUAGCGCUCAAUCAGAUCACAAAAAAGAAUCUCUAAAAACUGACGAGGCUGUUUCUCUAAAAACAGUUUUACAGACACUCCUUACAGCGGUUGGAAGCCACUUCACUGUAGAUAUUAAGUUUUUAUCCAUCAACAUUCAAAUAGACCCUAUAGUCGAAGUUGAUGAUGCCAAUGUUAGAUUGGAAUUUAAAUCCAUUGAAGUUGAUGACAAGAAACCAGGUGAAGUCAAGAAACUAGAUAAUGGCGAACAAGGAAACUGCAUUGACCAACCAGAAGAACAAGGACACUGCAAUGGCGAACAAGAAGACACAAACAAAUAA